UUUUAGUUAGGGAGGUGCAACAUCGAUCUAGUGGAGAUUUAUCAUAUAUAUGUGUGAAUAUAUAUACACGCACAGAUAUAUGCUUGCUUACACACAUCAAACCUAGGAGAAGCUAAUCUACGAAGUUAUUACAAAAGCUCCUAGGUUUCUUUUUUUCUUUUGUUGUUCAUUUAUCUUUUCCUCUAUUUUCUAAGUAUAUCAUUCCUCUAACUUGGAGUAUUAAAAUAUAGAUGCACUAGAGUGAGACAACUUUGGUUAUGUUUCAAGAAAUGUUGUUUAAGUGAUAGUGUAAGAGAUUUUGAAUAUUAUGUGGAAUUUAAAUGACUCGCCUAGUCGGAGAAUGGACGGUGACGAUGAUGAUGAUGAUAAGUCAGAAGACCAAGAAGAAGGGUGUUCAACGCCGAUGAAUCAUGGAAAUGGUUUGGUUGUGGACUACAAGGGUAAACGGGUCGGAUCCAUAUCCAACUCCAGCUCAUCUGCUGUGCUCAUCGAAGAUGGAUCUGAUGAUGAGGACGAUGAUGGUGUGGGGAAGAAAAGAAGCAGCAGAAUUUUCGGGUUUUCGGUGACUGAUGAGCCGGCGGUGGUGACACGGCAGUUUUUCCCGGUGAAUGAAUCGUCGGAAAGUGUGGAGGGUGGUGGUGGUGCAAAUACUGCUGCUGGUUUUCCUCGGGCCCACUGGGUGGGAGUUAAGUUCUGUCACUCGGAACCUGUCGGCAGCGGCGAAAAGGCCGCCGACUUUACGCAUCCGUUGAAGAAGAGUCGCCGUGGGCCCAGGUCAAGAAGCUCCCAGUAUCGUGGUGUUACUUUUUACCGACGAACCGGUCGUUGGGAGUCACAUAUAUGGGAUUGUGGUAAACAAGUUUAUCUAGGUGGAUUCGACACGGCACAUGCGGCUGCACGUGCAUAUGAUAGAGCGGCAAUCAAGUUUAGGGGAGUGGAAGCUGACAUAAACUUUAGUCUGGGAGAUUAUGAAGAUGACUUGAAACAGAUGUGCAAUUUAACCAAAGAAGAAUUUGUGCAUGUACUUCGGAGACAAAGUACUGGGUUCCCUAGAGGAAGCUCUAAGUACAGGGGAGUAACCUUGCAUAAAUGUGGUAGAUGGGAGGCUAGAAUGGGUCAGUUCUUGGGCAAAAAGUAUGUAUAUUUGGGACUCUUUGAUAAUGAAAUUGAAGCAGCCAGGGCUUAUGACAAAGCUGCAAUCAAGUGCAAUGGGAAGGAAGCUGUUACUAACUUUGAUCCUAGUAUUUACCAGAAUGAGCUUAAUCCUACGGAAUCAUCGAGUAGCCAACCAGCGGACCACAAUCUUGAUUUGAGUUUAGGUGGUUCAGCUUCGAAGCAAAGAGAACAUGGAAUUGGCGAUGGAAGAGCAACUAAUCAACAUACUUCCUCAACGCAGUUUGAAUGGAAGGAUCGGGAAAUUAGGCCUAAGCCCAGUAUGCAGCAAGAAUUCAUUCGCAACAAGUUUGAUUCUGGCAGAAGAGAUGGAUUGAAUCAGAUGGAAACAUUGCAGCUUUCAAGCAACACAAACCUUCAGUCUUCGAGCUCAUUCAGACCUAGUGAAAUGCAUAGAUAUGAACAAUUUAUGAAAGCUAGCGAGCCACAGGUGCUUCAAAUGUUUCCCCCUCACCUUGACACACCAAAUUAUCAAAAUCAGUUAACAAGCAGCAGCAAUGGAGGCCGGAAUGGAGGGAAUGAAAGAGGAGAAUCAUAUAUGUAUAACUUGAACCAUGGUCAUCAUCAAUGGCGAACAAGUUCUCCUCAAGUCAUGGCCGCAGCUGCAGCAUCAUCAGGAUUCCCACAAGUUAUGGAAAGACCGAAGAAUUGGCUGCAGAAAAACGGGUUUCAAACUGUAAUGAGACCUUCGUGACCAAGAAAGUAGUUGCUUUUGAAUUAGUAUGAUCUCUUUGAUCGGUAUGAUUAUCAGUCUACCAUGUUAUUUCUAAGCUUAUAAACAUCAGAUCUGUAGAGGUUCACACUGCUCUUGGAGUCCUAAACUGGGUGCUAGGACAUUUAUCAAACUAACAAAUGUUACUCCAUUAGAAUUAUGUA